GUUUUUUUUUUUUUUUUGUUUGUUUCUUGAGCGUGUCAACACAGAAUAGAACAAUGGCUGACACCAGUGUGUUAACGUCUGCUACUGGGAGACCUAGCUUGGCAGACUCUUCUAUGUUUGAUUCUAAAGUUACUGAAACUUCCAAGGAAAACUUGUGUAUUGAAUCUACUUCAAAUGUUGAAGAAGAAAUGCCUCAGGUUGAAACCAGAGUGGUGAUGGUUCAAGAAGCUGCAAAACAAGAAGAACUUCUGGAAGCCUUAAAGACUGUUACAAUAAUGGAAGUCCCUGUUAUAAAGAUAAAAGAACGUUGUCCUGGGAAAUCGGAUGAGAAAUUAAUAAAAAGUGUUAUUCAUGUGGAAAUUAAAGUGCCCUGUGUCAAGAUGGACUCAAUGGAAGAACUUGAAGGCCUGGAUUCCCCAGAAUAUGAGAAUGUGUUUGUAGUAACGGACUUCCAGGAGUCUGUCUUUGAUGACUUACACAAAGCUGACUGUCGAAUUGUUGGACCACCAGUUAUACUCAGUUGUGCUCAGAAGGGAGAGCCUCUGCCAUUCUCAUGCCGUCCACUGUAUUGUACAAGUAUGAUCAAUCUAGUGUUGUGCUUCACUGGGUUCCGGAAGAAAGAAGAACUAGUUAAAUUGGUGACAUUGGUUCAUCAUAUGGGUGGAGUUAUUCGAAAAGACUUCAAUUCAAAAGUUACACAUUUGGUGGCAAAUUGUACACAAGGAGAAAAAUUCAGGGUUGCUGUGAGCCUAGGGACUCCAGUUAUGAAACCAGAAUGGAUUUACAAAGCAUGGGACAGGCGGAAUGAGCAGGAUUUCUGUGCAGCAGUUGAUGACUUUAGAAAUGAAUUUAAAGUUCCUCCAUUUCAAGGUUGCACUUUAAGCUUCCUGGGAUUUUCAGAUGAAGAGAGAACCAAUAUGGAAGAGAUGACUGAAAUGCAAGGAGGUCACUACUUACCAGUUGGAGAUGCAAGGUGCACUCACCUUAUAGUAGAAGAGAAUACAGUGAAAGAACUUCCAUUUGAACCCCCAAAGAACCUGUAUGUUGUCAAGCAAGAGUGGUUCUGGGGAAGCAUUCAGAUGGAUGCUCGCGCUGGAGAAACUAUGUAUCUGUAUGAGAAGGCAAAUACGCCCGAACUCAAGAAGUCAGUGUCACUGCUUUCUCUAAGCACCCCAAACAGCAACCGCAAAAGACGCCGUCUGAAAGAGACACUUGCUCAGCUGUCGAGAGAGACGGACCUGUCUCCUUUCCCUCCCCGCAAACGUCCUUCAGCUGAGCAUUCCCUGUCUAUAGGAUCACUCCUGGAUAUCUCCAACACGCCUGAGUCGAGCAUUAACUAUGGAGAAACACCUAAAUCUUGUACUAAGUCUUCUAGAAAUUCAACCCCAAUUCCUUCAAAGCAGUCAGCCAGGUGGCAAGUUGCAAAAGAGCUCUAUCAAACUGAAAGUAAUUAUGUUAAUAUACUGGCAACAAUUAUUCAAUUAUUUCAGGUGCCACUGGAAGAAGAAGGACAACGUGGUGGGCCUAUCCUUGCAUCAGAAGAGAUUAAGACAAUUUUUGGGAGCAUACCUGACAUCUUUGAUGUGCAUACAAAGAUAAAGGAUGAUCUUGAAGACCUUAUUGUUAAUUGGGAUGAGAGCAAAAGCAUUGGUGAUAUCUUUCUUAAAUAUUCAAAAGAUUUGGUAAAAACCUACCCUCCCUUUGUAAACUUCUUUGAAAUGAGCAAGGAAACAAUUAUUAAAUGUGAAAAACAGAAGCCCCGAUUUCAUGCCUUUCUCAAGAUAAACCAAGCUAAGCCAGAAUGUGGGCGGCAGAGCCUCGUGGAACUUCUCAUCCGGCCAGUGCAGAGGCUCCCCAGUGUGGCCUUACUUCUAAAUGACCUUAAGAAGCACACGGCUGAUGACAACCCUGACAAAAGCACUUUAGAGAAAGCGAUUGGAUCGCUGAAAGAAGUCAUGACGCAUAUCAAUGAGGACAAAAGAAAAACAGAAGCACAGAAGCAAAUUUUUGAUGUUGUUUAUGAAGUAGAUGGAUGCCCAGCUAAUCUCUUAUCUUCUCACCGGAGCUUAGUGCAACGGGUCGAAACAAUUUCUCUAGGCGAGCAGCCCUGCGACAGGGGAGAGCAAGUAACUCUUUUCCUCUUCAAUGACUGCCUGGAGAUAGCAAGAAAGCGGCAUAAAGUAAUUGGCACUUUCAGAAGUCCUCAUGGCCAUACCCGACCCCCUGCUUCUCUGAAGCAUAUUCAUUUAAUGCCUCUCUCACAAAUUAAGAAGGUCCUGGACAUAAAGGAGACAGAAGACUGCCACAAUGCUUUCGCCUUGCUUGUGAGGCCGCCAACUGAACAGGCCAACGUCCUGCUCAGUUUCCAGAUGACAUCCGACGAACUUCCAAAAGAAAACUGGCUAAAGAUGCUGUGUCGACACAUAGCCAACACCAUGUGUAAAGCAGAUGCUGAGGAUCUUAUUUAUACUGCAGAUCCCGAAUCCUUUGAAGUAAAUACGAAAGAUAUGGAUAGUACACUGAGUAGAGCAUCUAGAGCAAUAAAGAAGACCUCAAAAAAGGUUACGAGGGCAUUCUCCUUUUCUAAAACGCCCAAAAGAGCUCUACGGAUGGCUCUGAUGUCAUCCCAUAGUUCAGCGGAGGGAAGAAGCCCUUCCAGCAGCGACAAGCACACAAUGAGCCGUCUCUCCAGCACAUCUUCGUUAGCAGGUAUUCCAUCUCCUUCCCUCGUCAGCCUUCCCUCAUUCUUUGAAAAGAGAAGUCAUACAUUAAGUAGAUCUACAACUCACUUGAUAUGAACUCUAACCAUUUUAUGGAACCUUGUUCUCUAAGAACUGACCUACAUGGUACGAGCAGUCAGCACUCGGUGAGAGCAGAAGAAUGUAAGCAACACUAAAUGAGGCCUUUCGAUCUUCUUGGCAGACAGGUUACCUCUUCUUUUCAAGUUAAUCCAUGUAAAAUGUACUGAUUUUGAUGUAAUUUAUUUUUUUUUUGCUUGGAUCUCUCGUCUGAAAACCAGUAACAUAAGUUAUUCAUGAUAACCAGUAGUUUUGUAACUCUGGUGCAGAAAAUAAAAUGUUAUUGGUGGGGGCCAAACAUUCCUGCUUUUCUGUAUAGUAUCUUGAAUGAAUUUUGGUUGUCUGUAUUGUACAUUUCAGUUUGUGCAGUGAUGAAAUGAUAUUACAAUACUUACUGAAUAAAUACUUGCAAAGAGUUGGAUUUAAGUGCAGGGCUUUAUGCACAUGCAUUGUUGGAGGUGCUUAUCUGCUCAUUUUGCAGUGUACUUUUUUUUCCUCAAAUGUUUUCAAGACCUAGCAUGUGAAUUUGGAAACAUGUACCUUUAUUAGCAAGUAUAAUUAAGAUCAAUUCAAAGUAUUUUUGCACAUUGAGAUAAGCACAGAACGAUUAUAAAAUAUUGUAUAUGUUGCAAAUCAUGAUGUUGGUAUAAGCAGGUAGCUGUUUCAGAGACAUAUUUUUUAUUUUAGCUCCUAGCAAAUCGUGAUUUACUUGGAUACUGUGUUGAUUUUUAUUUCCAAUAAGAGCAUGGGAAGAGUGUGCUGAAGAAAGUUUAUGUUCUUUAUGAAAUAGUUCUUAAGUUGUCAUCAGCUUUACUAAUCUGCUGUGAAAUACAAAGAUCUGCAUGUGAUCAACUUUUUUGUGGUCAUUGUAAACGCAAAUUGGAACUUUACUGACAUCUUUCAGAAUAGCUUUCUCAUACUCAGCAAUACAAAGCAAUCAAGUUCCUAUGAAUAGAUUUAUUUUCUGUUUCCUACCUGUUUAAAAGAGCGCUACAGAAGUGCCAUUGCUACUUAACCAAUUCUAGCUAUCUGUUGUAAUAGUUUAAGUGACUGUGGAUUGUUUCCAUACCAUGUGUGUGCUACUUCACAGACUAGUUAUGAUCUCUCUUUAUUAUAUUUUAAAAGCAGUUAUGUUAGUAGGGACUUUGUAAAUAAAUAACUUAAAACUUAA